GCGACUAAAUAACAACGAAUUUUCAGUCCUGGAAGCUACUGGAAUCUUUAAGAAACUUCCUCAGCUGCGUAAAAUAAACCUGAGCAAUAACAAGAUUACAGAUAUCGAAGAAGGAGCAUUUGAUGGAGCCUCUGGUGUGAAUGAACUGUUGCUCACUAGCAACCGCUUGGAAAGUAUUCGACACAAAAUGUUCAAAGGACUAGAAAGUCUCAAAACACUGAUGCUGAGGAGCAACCGCGUGAGUUGUGUGGGAAACGACAGCUUCACGGGCCUGAGCUCAGUCCGCCUGCUCUCACUGUAUGACAACCAGAUCACCACCGUGGCACCCGGCUCCUUUGAUACCCUGCAUUCGCUCUCUACAUUAAACCUCUUGGCCAAUCCCUUCAACUGCAACUGCCAUCUCGCGUGGCUUGGAGACUGGCUAAGGAAGAAACGCAUUGUGACGGGCAACCCUCGUUGCCAGAAACCCUACUUCCUCAAAGAGAUUCCCAUCCAGGAUGUGGCAAUUCAGGAUUUUACAUGUGAUGAUGGAAAUGAUGACAAUAGCUGCUCUCCAUUGUCCCGCUGUCCUGCAGAAUGUACUUGUCUAGACACAGUAGUUCGCUGCAGCAACAAAGGCCUAAAAGCUUUGCCCAAAGGCAUCCCAAAAGAUGUAACUGAACU